AGCGCCUGCUUUGCAUUCGGCUUCUAAGCAGGGAGAGCCCUGGGGACAGCAGAGAGAAGCAGUGGCCUGACAGAGAAACUGAGGGUUCCAUCUUGCCCAGAAUUGCUCUCUGGGUCCUCGGUUCCUCACAGUACCUUUGCACCUGCGUGACAGGAGGAACUGAGCACAAGGCUUCUCAACGCUGCCGCGCGCUUUCUUCCCAGGUGACCGGAAUCCGGGUCUCUAGAACGUGUUCUCCCAGAGGACCGAGGCUGUGUCUAGAGUGGCCAAGUUUACAGUCUCUCCUUCUGAUGAAAAGAGAAAGGAAGAAUGGACUACAGCCACCAAACGUCCCUAGUCCCAUGUGGAAAAGAUAAAUACAUUUCCAAGAAUGAACUUCUUCUGCAUUUGAAGACCUACAACUUGUACUAUGAAGGCCAGAAUUUGCAGCUCCGACACCGUGAGGAAGAAGAUGAGUUCAUUGUGGAGGGGCUGCUGAACAUCUCCUGGGGGCUGCGCCGGCCCAUCCGUCUGCAGAUGCAGGAUGACAACGAGCGCAUUCGCCCCCCUCCCUCCUCUUCCUCCUGGCACUCUGGCUGUAACUUGGGGGCUCAGGGCACCAUCCUGAAGCCCCUCACCAUGCCCAACAUUCAGAUCACAGAGGUGGACACUCCAGCUGAGAGUGACCAGACAUCAAGCCCCACAGACUCCAAGGGCCUGAAGCCCCUGCAGGAAGAUACCCCGCAGCUGAUGCGCACACGCAGUGACGUUGGGGUGCGUCGCCGGGGCAAUGUGAGGACACCCAGCGACCAGCGGCGAAUCAGACGCCACCGCUUCUCCAUCAAUGGCCAUUUCUACAACCACAAGACGUCAGUGUUUACCCCGGCCUACGGCUCUGUCACCAACGUCCGCAUCAACAGCACCAUGACCACCCCGCAGGUCCUCAAACUGCUGCUCAACAAAUUUAAGAUAGAGAAUUCGGCGGAGGAGUUUGCUUUGUACGUGGUCCAUACCAGCGGUGAAAAACAGAAGCUGAAGAACACCGAUUAUCCGCUGAUUGCCCGAAUCCUCCAGGGCCCGUGUGAGCAGGUCUCCAAAGUGUUCCUUAUGGAGAAGGACCAGGUGGAGGAAGUCACCUAUGAUGUGGCCCAGUAUAUAAAGUUUGAGAUGCCUGUCCUGAAAAGCUUCAUUCAGAAGCUCCAGGAGGAGGAAGAUCGGGAAGUAAAGAAGCUGAUGCGCAAGUACACUGUGCUCCGGCUAAUGAUUCGGCAGAGGCUGGAGGAGAUAGCCGAGACCCCAGAAACAAUCUGAGCCACAAGAAGGAGGGGAUCCAGACACCACAAAGGCUACAUUGACACAAGAAGACCCACAGGAAGCCGAGUGCCUUCGUUCCACAGAAGCAUUUAAAAACCUCUUCCGCUCCUGGAUGGAGAAGCCAGAAGAAAGCUCCCCAUCCUUGAAUCCCUGCUCUUCUUUCUUUCAUUCACAAACACUUUUGCUUUUUUGUUAUUAGGAGGACCCAAAAUGUGUAUCUGUGAGCACACACACGUCCACACAUGUGUGCACACAUAUACAUGUCCAUGUGCCUACACGACAUAUUCACAUGCAUUUAAGUUCCAAGCAACCAGCACAAGUGCCCUGAGGCUGGCGGAUGGGCUACUCAUGGGCAGGAAAAUCAGGGGAGGCACCAAGCUGAGGGGUUUUAGGCUGGAGAAAAAUGUCUCUCCUCAAGUGCCUGGGAGCAGCCACACAUAUCUGCCCAUGUUCAGAAGGGUCAGGGGGCUCAGCGAGCUCCCAUUUGGGGUGUUGAUAUUAGUAGAGAUUCUCCCUGUAUGUCCAGAAGGAUCUGUGACCAUGAGACUCUUGGAAAUGAACGAAAUGACAGCCCCAUGCACUUGGGGCAGGUCUCAUGGAAAGAGAAAGAUAAACCAGCAGUGGGGUGGAUGCAAUAAGCCCAUGUUUUUACACUGGAAACUUUGGUUUUAAAUAACAAAGAGGUAUGUGGUGAUCUCUGCGGAUGCCUGUAAAGAAUGGAUUCUGCCUCUGUCUUCACCUCCGUGGCCCCCUCUAGGAGACAGGCGGGGGCCUGAUGUUUCCUGCAGCAGGCCAAGCUGCUGACCCCAAUGCUUCGAUGCCUCCUUGGGUUGCAGGAAGGAUCUCAUGAAACAGGCCUCCCUGGUUUGCACAUGGCACUGACUGGCUAGUGUGACCUAGGUCUGGGCUUGUUCUGGCGUGGAGGCCAGAAAGCGUGCCUCCUUAGGGAAGCGCAGCGGCUCCUUGCAGACAUGACAGGUGCCUGUGGGCACAGCCCAUUUUCACAUCAGCAAGGGGUCUUUCUGCACUUGAAGCGGCACUUCUGUGUGUUUUAUUCAAGGCUUUAUUCUUUCCAAGACUGGAUUCUUGCAAGUCGCCCUUGCCUUGUGGAAGUGGACUCCCAAGAACGAGGGCUUGACUGAGUGUGGGGUUCAGGGAAGCACUCUGGGCUGCCCUGUGAAGGUGCAGAGGGAGGAUGGAGCUUCUCUUUCAGCUUCUCUGAGCAGCCACCCCGGUGAUCCUUAGAGCAGACCCCAGUCAGGGGACAAGAACAGGGACAGUCUGUCCCCUGUAGCCCCCAUCAGAAAGAUUGCCAGGCAGCUGACAUCCAUGUGACUGGUACUAUUUGAAGAGGGACGGGCCCGUGCUUGGAGCAGAGUGCCUGGCUGUCGAGAUCCACCAAGCAAGGUCAGGAGCUCUUGACAGCAGAUUCCUGUGAGCCUUGUUGGGGACGGGACGCUCCCCAUCUCUUCUCCACCUCUUCUCUAAGAAUGGUUUGAAGAGCUGGCCAGUUGAAGAAAGGAGAACCAUUGAUUGGUACCUGCAAGGAAGGUAGAUCUUCGCAGUAGACCUGUUCCUGCCCCAGGCACCCUCCCACUCCCUUCCCACUGCUGUGGCCUUUGUGGCCUCUUUAGAUGGCUCACAGCUGUGGUCUUAUUGUUGACUUUUAAAAAGGUGGCAUGCUGCCACCUGGCAUUUUUCCAGGGGUCUCAGCAAGCCUACCUCUUCUGUGAGGACAGCACCAACAGCCCAGUGGGGAAAUCCGGAGGGCCUUAGUCUCAAUCAAACACCUUGGUGGGCUUUGCAAAAUGCACAGACUUGGGG